CUGGUCAAGACUUUUUCCUUCUAUAGACAUCUAAAAAGCUAAUGCCAUUUCCCUACAACUUAUCUUUCUAUAACACUCUUCUCAAACAAUAUACCAACCACAGUAGAUGCAGACAGCUACUAACCAAAAAUAAACACACACAAUAGAAGAAACAAAACAAAGAAAACUCCAUGGACAUCACAAGAAACAGCAGCACCAAGCUCCAUCUUCAAACACAGUCUCUAUUUCCUCCUAAUAUGGAGAAAACUUUAGAUGUUGAGCCAAGAAUGAGCACAAACCCAUUUGCAGAAGAGUUCAUCAGCAAAUCACUGCCAAUAUCAUCAAACCAAAGCAGUAGUAGCAGUGAGAUGGUAUAUGAAAGAAGACAGAGUUUCUCAUCACAAAAGAGCAUUGGAGAAGGAAGAAGCAGUGGACAGAGAAGAGUGAUGUUAAUGGAGUCUCCUUGCACUCCAGGCAGAGGAGUCUUCAGUUUCAGUAGCAGCCUCUCUGGUAGAAGAAGAAACUUCCCUUCUAAAUGGGAUGAUGCCGAGAAAUGGGUCACCUCCAGUCAUGAAUCUCCAGCACAUUCCCUCAAAACCAGUAACUCCCACUUUGAUGGCUUCAAGAACCAUCAAAUCCUUAAAGGUAAGAAGAAGAACAAGAAGCCCUUUAAAUAGAUUCUUGAAAAGUUUUGAUCUUUAUAGUUUAAUUCUUUCGUUCUGUUAGAUAAGUUAGCGAACGAAGUGCCAUCAACGGAAGGGUUUAUAUUCAGAGAUCUCGAGGAAGAAGAAGAAGCUCAAGUUCAACACAGAGACAUGGGAACAGAGAUGACGCCGGUCGGAAGCGUGACGACUUCAAGAUGUCACACGCCCUUCAAAAGCACGUCUCCAGCGAGACACAACACGCCUUCUAACAUGUCCGGUCCCUUAACAGAAACCAAAAACGUUAUAGACAUCACCGAGUUCGCCGACAAGUUAAGACUCAGCGGGUCAGCUGCGACUCAGUAUUAUAACUCGGUGACGAGUCACUGGAACUCGAGGGAAGAGGAGGAAGAAGAGAUAUCGAUGAGCUUAAGACACUCGGACAUGGAAAGUGAGUUACGGAGCAGUGUUUCGGAAACUAAAGCUGCUUUAUGGGAUGGUGAAGACGUCAAAAUCAAGUUUUGUCAAAGAUAUCAAAGAGAAGAAGCCAAGAUCAAGGCAUGGGUGAAUCUCCAAGAUGCGAAAGCCGAAGCUCAGUCCAGGAAACUCGAGGUGAAAAUACAAAAGAUGAGAUCAAAUUUUGAGGAGAAAAUGAUGAAGAGGAUGGAUACAGUUAUGCACAGGAGAGCAGAGGAGUGGAGAGCUACGGCGAGGCUACAACAUGCUGAGCAGUUGAAGAGAACUGCUGAGACGGCGAGGAAGUUGAGUAACCGCCGUGGCUAUUUGGUUGCCGGACGUAGCUCAUGUGGUUGUCUUCCUUGUAAUAUUAGCGGUUCUUGUCACUAAGUAAAAGUAAAAUAUAAAUGGACAACAAGGACAAGAAAAUUACUGCUUUAUGUGUUUGGAUUAAUCAGUAUUUAUGUUAUUUUUACUGCUUUAUCAAUGAAAUACAA